CUCCAUGCCAUCAGAAGUAGAAGAAACAUCCAGGUAAGCAAGUGUGGGCAUUGAAGGGACCUCUGAAAGGUGUGAGGAGUCCACAGACAUGAAAAUGAGUCUGCCUGGGAUGGUUGUGGAAGAUUUCAUAGAGGAGGAAAAAGAGCUUUUGAAUCAAACCCUUGAAGGAUGAAGAGGAGUCUACCUGGUGCAGAAGCAAAAGCUCAGUGUGGGCACAGCCAAGGAUGUGGGCACUUGCCACAAGGAUGAGUGAGGGACGGGGUGAUGAGGUCAGACAGGGAAGGCUUUGGCUGCCAGGCCAGAACUCAGACUUGAUAGGUCACUGGGAAGCCCCUGAAGGUUUUGAACAGGAAAGUGCCGUGGCCAGGAUUCUGAAGGAAGGUCUGUCUGGUGGUGGUAUCCAAAAACCUGAAAUCCUUUUUAACAAUCCACUGCAUGAGCUGGCAAGGAAAAUUAUUGACCCCUUCCACCACUGAUCCCAUUAUGGCUUUUGGUCCACUCAGGCUCUGGGAACCCUUUUUUUCUUUAAACCACUCUGUCAAAGCCUUUGUUUUACUUGCUAGAGAGACCAACCUGCUUCUCUGUCUACACCUCACCUCCCACCAGGAUGACAGGGCUAUAGUAGGGCUUGGAAUAAAGGUGUGCAUAGAAUGGAGGUUGUUUGCUGCACUCAACUUCCUGUCCCACCAGCGGAAGUGGGGCGAGACAGCAGGUGCAGCAACAGCUAGCAGGGCCAUGGACAAGGAGUAUGUGGGUUUCGCCACCCUCCCCAACCAGCUGCACCGCAAGUCUGUCAAGAAGGGGUUUGACUUCACACUCAUGGUGGCAGGAGACUCAGGCCUAGGGAAAUCCACCCUCAUCAACAGCCUGUUUCUCACCAACUUCUAUGAGGAUCGGCAACUGCCGGAGGCCAGUGCUCGCUUGACACAAACGCUGACCAUCGAGCGCCGGGGUGUGGAGAUUGAAGAAGGGGGUAUUAAGGUGAAACUGACCGUGGUGGACACUCCUGGCUUUGGGGACUCAGUGGAUUGCUCAGACUGCUGGCUGCCCGUAGUGCACUUCAUUGAGGAGCAAUUUGAGCAGUAUCUUAGGGAUGAGAGUGGCCUCAACCGGAAGAACAUCCAGGAUUCCCGUGUCCACUGCUGCCUCUACUUCAUUUCACCCUUUGGCCGGGGGCUCCGGCCCCUAGAUGUGGCCUUCCUCCGGGCGGUGCAUGAGAAGGUCAACAUCAUCCCUGUCAUUGGCAAAGCAGAUGCCCUGAUGCCGAAGGAAACGCAGGCCCUCAAGCAGAAGAUCCGGGACCAGCUGAAAGAGGAGGAGAUCAGCAUUUAUCAGUUCCCCGAUUGUGACUCUGAUGAAGACGAAGACUUCAAGAGGCAGGAUGUGGAAAUGAAGGAAAGCAUCCCUUUCGCAGUUGUCGGUUCGUGCGAGGUAGUAAGGGACGGUGGGAACCUACCGGUGAGGGGACGCCGCUACUCCUGGGGUACCGUGGAGGUGGAGAACCCACAUCACAGCGAUUUCCUGAACCUACGACGGAUGCUGGUGCAGACACACUUGCAGGACUUGAAGGAGGUAACGCACGACCUGCUCUACGAGGGCUACCGCGCCCGCUGCCUACAGAGCCUGGCCCGGCCUGGGGCGCGGGAUCGACCCAGCCGUAGUAAGCUCUCCCGCCAGAGCGCCACAGAGAUCCCUCUGCCCUUGCUGCCUCUGGCCGAGACGGAGAAGUUGCUCCGCGAGAAAGACGAAGAGCUGCGCCGAAUGCAAGAGAUGCUGGAGAAAAUGCAGGCCCAGAUGCAGCAGAACCAGGUUCAGGGCGAACAGUCGGACGCUCUCUGAGGCCCCCGCCUGGCUGCUUUACCUCGGCUCCUCCUUCAGUCUGUCUCUUGUCCAAUCCCCGAGUCCCAGGCUGCCCAGUGCCUUAUCCCGGAGCCCCAAGGUCCGCCUUUGAGCGGGCUGCUCUGGCCAACAGGUUCCCCCAAUCCCAGAGUUUGUGGCUCCGCCUCUAGCUCCGCCCCGACCCCACCUCGGUUACGCCCACCCCGCCCACUUCACCGGCUGUGAGCUUCCAACCCAGUCCUUGACCUCCCCCACCCCGCCCUUCUUCACCACGCUGUGACAUCAAUAAAGUGUUCCUUUA